AGUUUUCCCGCACCAGCACUGCGCGAUUUCUUCUCUUCUUCUCUUCUUACGUUUCUCUUACUCUUAUCGCAGCCCCUUAUUUCUCUUACCUUCCCUUUUCCUCCUCUUCUUCUUUUUUUUGACUUUUCGCUAAAGCAAAGCCAAACAAGCACUCCCUCCCUCCCCUCUGUUGACGACAAUGCCCGGCAUGAAGCGCACCCGCUCCGACUCGGCCAUCGAGGAGGCCGCCGUGUCCGCCUACGUGGAGUCGUGCACGCACUUCAAGUCCAACGUGACCUUCACGGACAUCUCGAAGGCCUCGGCGGUGGCCCCGCACGUGCUGCUGGUUGGUGCGCCGGGCCAGUUGAAAGACAAGACCGUCGAGUCACUGCCCUUCUACGGCCCGGCCGUCGCAGCCGCCAUCGCCCGCGCGAAGGCCGGCGAGACGGUGACGACGCUGGCGGAGGUGCAGGGACGGUCCGGGUACGUGAAGGUCUCGGUCACCGCCUUGCCGGACACGGCCUCCCGCACGAACUGCCCCUACCGCGCCGACAGCCUGACCGAGGCGGUCGCCGCGGCCUGUGCGGGCGUGGGCGAGGGCGAGACGUUGGAUGUGUACGUGCGGGCCCCCGCUGGCGCGGAGACGGCGGUUGCCAACGCCGUCGCUCGAGCCGCGCCGCACUCCUAUACGGCGAAGGACGGACAGUCGGCGAAGGCGUACCUGAAGCAGGCGAUGACGUUGAACGUGGUGCUGUCGUCGCGUGCCGCCUUCACAGGGGAGAAGGUGCACGGCAAGGCGGUGACCGUGGCGGAGCUGGACGCGAUUUGCACCUCCGUCCAGCUGUGCCAGCGCCUGGUGGACACCCCGACGUGCACGCUGGACACCAUCGUGUACACCGAGAUCGCGACGGCGUACGCGAAGGAGCUGGGGGCGGACAUCACGGUGAUUAAGGGCGAGGAGCUGCGCGAGAAGGGCUACGGCGGCAUCUACGCGGUGGGCAAGGCGGCGCAGUACCCUCCGCACCUCGUGACGCUGCGCUACAAAAACCCGCACGCCGCCGCCGGGGCGAAGAACGUCGCGAUGAACGGCAAAGGCAUCGUGUACGAUUGCGGUGGUCUUGCUCUCAAGCCGGCCCAGCACAUGUCGAACAUGAAGACGGAUAUGGGCGGCUCCGCUGGCCUCUUCUGCGCCUUCAUCGCGGUGGUGCGGUGCAUGAAGCUGCAGCAGGAUCACUACCACCACAUCGCGAACCUCAGCGUGACGCUGUGCAUGGCGGAGAACGCGAUGGGCCCCAAUGCGUACCGCAACGAUGACGUCGUGAUUAUGAAGUGCGGGAAGUCCGUCGAGGUGAUGAACACGGAUGCGGAGGGCCGCAUCGUGCUCGGCGAUGGCGUGUACUACGCAACAGGCGAGCAGGACUUUAUUCCAGACGAGGUGAUCAACAUGGCGACGCUGACGGGCGCGCAGGGCAUCGCGACCGGCACGAAGCACGCCGGCGUGUACGUGAGCACGGCACAGCAAGAGGCGGAGAUCGUGAAGGCGGGUCUGGCGAGCGGGGAUGUCUGCUUCCCGGUGCUGUACUGCCCGGAGGCGCACAAGGAGGUGUACACGAGCUCGCUGGCCGACAUGCGCAACAUCGCGAACGUGCCGGUCAGCCCCGGCGCAAGCCUCGGUGGCUACUUCGUGGAGCAGAUGAUGCACGAGCGCUUCAAGGGUGCAUUUGUACACGUCGAUAUCGCCUUCCCGAGCUCGAACAAGUCGGGCGCCACGGGCUACGGGGUGAGUCUUGUGGCGGAGUACCUUCGCAAGUUCUAA